AGCUUCUGCUGGGAGGAUGAACACGAACACACAGAGGACAAUGCGACAGAGAAACAAAGUAACUGUAGUAAGUUUGAGGAAAUAUGUUGUUUCUCAGUAGAAAUUAUGGAUGCAAUAGACUCAACUGAUCCAUACAGCCGACCAGCGCGCAGGACACAAUGGAUAGUCAGCACUCUGGCUUACCAUUACGGACUGGACAGAGGAGUGGAGAACGAAAUCAUAGUUUUGGCAACGGGGUUGGAUCAGUACCUACAGGAGAUCUUUCAUCAUAUGGACUAUCAAGGUGGAGGCAAAAUCCCCGCCGAGGAUUUUAACAUUUUGUGUGACGUUUUGGGACUGAACAAAGAGUCGGAGGAUACAGAGUGCACUGGAGUUUUAGACAAUUUACCCAGCGAGCUCACCUUCAGAAACUUCCACGCUAAACUGUGCGGAUACUUCAGCACCAAGGCGGGCUGUCAGUAUGAGAACGGCCGGCUGCUGGUCGGGAAGGACAGCGAGCAUAUAGAGACUCAAAUCCGCCUGAGAAGCCCUAUGAGGCGGCGAGAUAAGCUGCUGUCUGUGGGUGUAAGCGGCCCCUACUCGGAGGGACGGCACGCCUCCGCUUGUAGGCUCGGAUCCUGCUCCAGAGAGUGCUAUGAGGAGAUAGUGGCGCUGGAGGAAGCAGAGGACCGAAUAGCCAAACUGGAAGAUGAAAGUGCAAGUUUAAGGGAGCUGAUUGAGGACUUGCGAGCCGCACUUCAGAGCAGUGAUGCCCGCUGUUUGGCUCUUCAGGUAGGACUGUGGAAAAACCACUCCAAACAUAAACCAGAGGGAGGCUGUUUUGCUGCUCACCAGAAACCAGAAGCCCAGAAAAGUAUGAGCAACAGCAACCUGAAGAGCCACAUCUACAGCGACCUGAAAAACCUGCAGAAAAUCAUCCAUGAGGUCGAGCUGCUGCAGAGCUCCAGAGACCAACAGGUAGAGGAGACCCUGCUGUGUAAUGAGAACCUGGAGCAGGAGCUGUGGCGCUCUAAAGAGACUGUGGCUGCUCUAGAGGACUGCAACCGAGCCCUGAAGAGGGAGCAGGUGGGGAUGAGGAGGAAGGUGGAGGAGGCCAGGCAGGCACUGCUCAGUGGCCUGGGGAAGGUGAAGGAACUGGAAGCCAAGGCCAGUCAUGUGCCAGUGCUACAGAGACACAUCCUCCAGCUGGAAUCAGAACUCCUCUAUUACAGGUCGGAGGUGUCAAAACUACAACUCCCAAGCAGCACCAGGGUAGAGCAGCAGCUGAGUGUUGGCAGCAGGCAGGGCCAGAGGUGUUGCUCGGAAUCCCAACAUGACCGAUGUUCUCCAACAGGGCGUGCUCUGACGACCCCAGUGGAGGAGCAGCUGUUCCGUUCGGUGGAGGGCCAAGCAGCAUCUGAUGAGGAAGAGGAUAAGUGGACUGAAGAUCAGCAGAGGCAGGUGGAUGAGGUGAAGAGGAUCUUGACCAGGCUGUCCUGCUGUGGGGAAAGGUGUGAUGACAAGGCAUUCAAGAAGCUGAUGUCUAAGUAUGGGAGCUGGAGGAGUGAGGAGAGCUGCAGCGCUGUGGUGGAGCUCCUGGAGAGGGUGACCAAGUUGCAUAAGCAGCUGGAGCUGAAGGAGAGCCAGGUGGAGAUAGACAUGGACCAGAUGAAGGACUCUCUGGUGCAGGAGCUGCAGCAGAAGGCAGUGGAGACUGAGCUGCUUCAGAUGGAGCUGCAGAUGCUGGAGACAGAAAGGGUUCGCCUGUCGCUGGUGGAGGAGAAACUUGUGGACAUCCUGCAGCUCCUCCAGCAGCUCAGAGACCUGCCCUCUCCUGUUUCAGAACGUCUCUCGGAGGUCCCUUGGGAAAAUCCUGCUCAGCACUUUGGGGUCUUGCAGCGACCCACAACAUGGGAAAGCACACAUUCUGGAGGUGCUCAACGCUCUCUAUCAUGAACUGGCUGCCUAUGAGAUUCUGUCUGGCAGUGGACCUUUGGAGCAAACACAGAGUCAACAGUCUCUGAAUGCCCUCAUCAUCUCCUGCUAAUCAAGAUUGCCUCCUGCUGGGCCAUUCAUGUGCCAACAGACUUUCUAGAGAACACUGAAAGCUUGACGAUGCUCACAAAACAAGCCAAUUGAUGUGUAUAGUGUAUUAUAAUGUAGCUUAUAUACUCCUCACAUCCUAUUAUAUAUAAGAGAUACUAGCUGUUCAUUAGUAUAGCUAAGGGCUUUGUUACAUUUAAAGGAAAUUCAUGCAAAUACAUAUGUUUCAAGAUAUUUUAUUGCACAUACUCUUUCAUCGUCCAAUAUGGAUUUUGUUUUUCAACAACAGAGCUCUGAAUGUGAAAAUGUUGUAAUAAGCUAAACUUUAAAGUGUAUUUCACAGUCUGUGAAUUGUAUGGACCUCCACUGGUCAACAAAAUCCCUGAUAGAAUUUAAAGGAAACUUAAUUUAUCUAAGUCUGCAUAUCAAGAUAAAUGUAUCGUAAUAACUUGACAAGCCUGUGUGAUUACAAAGUCCUCUGCAAAGUGUACAGAGAAAUGAAGCCUACAUUGAACCCACAUAACCACAUGGCUGUGUACUUUGGGACCCUCAAGAUGCCUAAUUGAUGUGUAGGCCCCAAUCACACAGAAAGCGUUUUAGCAGGUGGAGGUGGCUUUUUGUAAUUGUUCUUAAUGAGAAUGAAGCUUUUUACUCACUGUUUAUGCACUGCUACAUGCCUUGCUUUUUUGCACUCUGGGCACCUGGUGUUUUUGUCAGAGCACUCUGAACUCCUUGAGUUGAAAAACUGAGCCGAAAAGCAGCCCACAUCAUCUCCGCUUUUUUCCCAUUGUCCAAUCAGAUGAUUUUAGGGGCUGGCCUUCUGUGAUGGUCACAACAAGAAGUUUACAGGAUGUCAGACUGCCCCUGAUUCAUCCUAAAAUAUGCCUGGAAACAGCCAUCGUGGAGGCGAAGCUCCUGGACAAACUGGUGGUACUCCCCGUGAUC